UUGGUUGACUGUUUUUAAAAAUGUUGACUUGCUCAGUGAUAUGGUUCAGGAACACGACGAGCCUAUUCUGAAGCACUUGAAAGAUAUUAAAGUGAAGUUCUCAGAUGCGGGCCAGCCUAUGAGUUUUGUCUUAGAAUUUCACUUUGAACCCAAUGACUAUUUCACAAAUGAAGUGUUGACAAAGACAUACAGGAUGCGGUCAGAACCAGAUGAUUCUGAUCCCUUUUCUUUUGAUGGACCAGAAAUUAUGGGUUGUACAGGGUGCCAGAUAGAUUGGAAAAAAGGGAAGAACGUCACUUUGAAAACCAUUAAAAAGAAGCAGAAACACAAGGGACGAGGGACAGUUCGUACUGUGACCAAAACGGUUUCCAAUGAUUCUUUCUUUAAUUUUUUCGCCCCUCCUGAAGUUCCUGAGAGUGGAGACCUGGAUGAUGAUGCUGAAGCUAUCCUUGCUGCAGACUUUGAAAUUGGUCACUUUUUACGUGAGCGUAUAAUCCCAAGAUCAGUGUUAUACUUUACUGGAGAAGCUAUUGAAGAUGAUGAUGAUGAUUAUGAUGAAGAAGGUGAAGAAGCGGAUGAGGAAGGGGAAGAAGAAGAUGAGGAAAAUGAUCCAGACUAUGACUCAAAGAAGGAUCAAAACCCAGCAGAGUGCAAGCAGCAGUGAAGCAGGAUGGUCUACCUUCUGCUUCCCUGGAAAGGAUGACUUUUCAUCAUUUGACAAGCCUAUUUCAAGUUUUUUUUUGUUGUUUGUUUGCUUGUUUUUGUUUUUGCAGCCUAAAAUAAAAAUGUCAAAUAUAAUU